AUGCGGAGCAGCAGUAGCAGCGAGCGACGUGGAGCGCGCAGCCGCCGGAGGAGCACCGCGACCUGGGAAAGAUUUCGCCCAGUCUGCGGUCAGGGUGUCGGCGCGGGGAGCGGCUGGAGGGUCGGGAACAGAAGAAUGAGAGAGGCCUCUGAGCGGAGGGGCCGAAAACAUGAACGGGGCCGUUUACAUUUCGUUUUUCCAGGGCCAGCUGGAGUCCGUGCUGGAGCAGGUCGUUCAGCUCGCCGUCCAGGAAAUCAGCAAGUCGGUGGGCUCCAGCCUGAACGCCCUGCUGCUGGAGACGGCCGCCAAGGAGCAGGAAAACCGCCGGCUGCGCCUGCAGCUGCAGAGCCGCGAAGGCCGGGGCUCGACCUCCCCGGAGGACGGAGGCUCCGCGGCGGGCGGUAGGAGCGGGAAGGCGGGCCACGAGCGGGGGGACGGCGGCAGGACAAAACCCGAGCCACGCGGCGCCGGAGCGCGGGGCGGGGAACCCGCAGCGCCCGUGACGGCUGUGGACACCCGCCGCCUGGAGCAGAGAGGACGGGUCGUAGACCAGCUGAAAUCCGUCAUGGAGCAGGUCCUGGCCUUCGCGCUGCGUGAGCUCACCAAAAUCGUGGAGGCGUCGUUCGACGACCUGCUGCUGGAGAUCACCAAGAUGGAGGCGGAGCAGCAGCAGCUGGAGGACAAGCUGGGGCGGAGCUCCGAGCGGGGGGGCGGGGACAAGCCCCGAGGGGCCGGGGGCAGGAGGCGGGGCUCCGUCAACGACUCGGUGUCGCCCAGUGGGUCCGAGGACACCCGGGAGGAACCGGCCGAGGAGUCCAAAGAGACGGCGCCGGCAGACGAGCCGGAGCCGCCCCCGGCCCCCACUCCCGCCCAGGACUGGGUUCCCAUCCUGGACAAGGUGUUCGGUCAGAAGUGGUGCAGCGACGUCUGGCCCAUGAAAGGUCAAGGUGGAGACAGUCGCCGCGGGUGACGAGGCAGGCCCCAGCGAGGGCGGGGGUCACCAUGGCGACCUCGUCUCCUCCACCUCCGUGAUCCCGCAGCCUUCGCCCUCGUCCCCCCAGCAGGACCCCCGCUGGACGCCCCUGGAAGACAUGGAGGUGUUUUCUCCCGACGACGACGAAGCAGCCGACGGCCAGAGCAACGCCGCCGCCACGCCGGGGCCCCCCGCCACGCCGGG